CCCCUACAAGCUAGGACCCUCACUUGCGACGACUGCUAUUUCGUCUGCUACAGUGAGGGCCGGUCGCUGUUCAGGGCGUUACUGUUUAACGCCAUCUCGGUUGGUCCUAAUUGCUAACCUUUAAAUAUGAUUGUAAAAAUUUCCACAUAAAGUCUGCGUAUGCUUGAGUUACAGUUCUCCUUUCUCGUUCGCUUUACCUCUUCUUCUAUUAGUAAUUUAUUAACGCUUAUAGCGGUUACUGCGGCUGCUUCCGAUCAAAACAAGUUUCUCCUCUCGUCUGUAUCUGUAAUCGUCGACAGUGCAGUCGUCGCUUGUGUUUGAACCCAUUGUCGCAGCUGCUGAUGGCGUUUGUUUUCGUUUGGUGGGACCAACAAACCCCGCAGAUCGUUCCCGAAGUAGUUCGAUCGUUUGUUGUCGGUCGAAAGAUUUAGCCCGCCCGCCUCGUGCUGUUUUCGUCGCCUCUUUCUGAGCAUCACGCGUACAACAAUUAUCCCGCCUGAAACCGCUAACUUCAUCAGUUGGCAGUGUAGACGUGUUGAAGGCGCAAGUGUUUCCGGCCGGUGACCGGUUCCUUAGGUUUAUAAAUUCUCCGUGGUGAACUUGUGAUCAGACUGCUUAAAAUUGUAUAGCGCACCUACGUAACAGCAUCACAACAUCAAUAUGAGUAAAUCAGCACCUCAGCGAACAUCUGGAUGGCCAACGCGCGGUAAUCCGCAAGCACAGUAUCAAGGCAAAUAUAUGGCCUCGAACCCGUCUAAUGUGCUUAGCUUCACGCUUAAUCGGACUGUCAACCUAUACCCAUUAACAAACUAUACGUUUGGUACCAAGGAACCAUUGUAUGAAAAAGACCCUUCGGUGCCAGCCAGAUUUCAACGCAUGCGUGACGAAUUCGACAAAGUGGGCAUGCGGCGAUCUGUUGAAGGAGUCUUGCUUGUACAUGAGCAUGGACUUCCACAUGUUCUUUUGCUUCAACUGGGUGCUACCUUCUUCAAACUCCCUGGUGGAGAGCUUAACCCAGGAGAGGACGAGGUUGAUGGUUUGAAGCGACUCAUGACAGAGACGCUGGGGCGGCAGGAUGGUGUGAAACAGGAUUGGACUAUCGAAGAUGCGGUUGGAAAUUGGUGGAGGCCAAAUUUUGAGCCUGCACAAUAUCCAUACAUUCUUCCCCAUAUAACCAAACCAAAGGAGCACAAGCGAUUGUUCUUAGUUCAGCUUCAGGAGAAAGUCUGCUAGUCAGCUCCCGAGAAACGAGAGGACGAUAUUCAGACAUCUGAUGGAGAAAGCCGAAUGCAAUCUAACGGAUUUGGCAAGAGGGCGACACACAAAAAUGACAAAAAAGUAGGGAACUCGGUUCAUUCCUAUAGCUGGCGACGAAACUGGCACAACCGCGACAUUCUACAUUCAAAUGUCGAAUACCUGUCAUAUCUGUUUAUUAUUUACAGUGGUACACGUAGGUUGAAAGUGUCAGUGUAUUGUAGAGUUCUAUAUAUGAACGAAAUAUGUACAAAGACGUUGACUACUUAUGGAAAGUUGAGUAGAUUGUAAUUGCCCGCUGUUGUCUUCUAUCCUGGCUAAUAGUCACGACUUGCAUAAAUCGUUAGAAUAUAAUCACUAAUAAUACAUGCACAUGGAAAGUAUGGGGCUCUCAGAAGAUAAAUGCUUAAAAAUUGAAGGCUGAUUAUGUUCAAACAUUUACCUAUCAAGAGAAUCGCUCAUCUAGGAACAGUGUGCUUAGUGGUUCUUUUAUUUGAGCCGUAUUGAAUUUGAGUAAGAUGUUCCUUAUCGGCUGUUUAUAUACCUGAAACUCCACGGAUAUUGAUUGACUGCGUGCAUAGGACGUUUUGAAAAUAAUGUUGCCUGUUAUUUAGUCUAAUGUACUUCAUUGAAUCAUAUUGUGCUCAUCUCUAAUUUGCUCGCCAUCAAAUAGAAAUUUUCUGCGAACUUGCGCAUCAAUAUGUGCUCAAGAAAAAUGCAUAGUACGAGAAAAGUUUGGAUCCGAAUACAAAUUAUAUAUACAUAAAUAUAUGUUUAGCUGGCCUUCUAGAAGAAACUUGGCUUUUGCAUUCAAGUUCGGCGACAAAUUGCUUAUUGAGAUUUGCCAAAUCGAUGCUAAUGACGAAAUGAAGCAAGAUAUGUAUCUGCGUUUUUGCCAAAACCGAGUGAUUGUUAUAAGUAAAAACAGGACACACUGACUUAAAUCUCUAGAAGAGGUAUUCUGCUUUUUUGGAGUUUAAACAGCGCAUUUUGUGUACAUAUGUAUGUAUAAUUUUCGAGUAGAAGCCUUUCGGCGCCGAUACCGGUUCAAUAGGCAAUCUUGCUCACAGUGCAAUGUUUAGGGUUGUUAUUUAAUUCUGAUCGGUCGGUUUUGACAGAAGAGCUGAAGAAUGAAAAGAGAGCGAAGUAGUUUUUUGUUAUUUGUGACAGAAUACGUUAUUGAGUAAGAAGUUUAACGCACCGUAAUUGCCAUUUGACAGAAUUGUCAAAUUUCUAGUUUAAAAUUGCAAAAUUACUGAGCAUUUUUUACAGCACUAUUAACUAUUUUUCGGUUCGCAGACGGGCGCGUGUAUAGAAAAAUUCAUAUCUUAUUCUAAAAUUUUAUUUUGUAUCCUUUCAUUCAGCUAUUAUAGUGUAGUUUUAAAUAGACGAUGACAUACGCGUAAUGAGCAACCGCUUUAGCUGAAGCCGAAGUGCAGGCUCGAAUCGAGAAAGGACUGUACAAACAAUUAUUCAUACAAAUUGGGUAGUUUUUACCAUAAAAUACGCGGAGCAGAGGUAUGAAUGUUUUCUCUGUACUAAAUGUAGGAAAACCUGUAAUGAUGUAUCAUGCUUUUUGAUGCCUGGCUUGGUAAAGAACCGAAAUAUGGCAGUAAUAUGGUGUAUAGUGUAACUAUUCGUAUGACCCCAAUAGUUUUAUGGUAAUAUGGUGUAUAGUGCAAUUAUGGUAGGUCCUGAAUUAUUUUAUGAACCUUAAAUCGACUACUUCAGGCACCGCCUCAGCGUGGCUCGCAAAGCCGUCAUAUGUGUGGUGUAGGAUAGCGUACCGGGUUUAUGCCAAGUCGCUAUGAAUGUGUGUAUGCAUUUGCAAGCUUUAAUGCUAAAUUGUAUAGCAUUUAUGGGGUGUGACAACCUCUAGUCUCUUUUAAUCACAGGCUUAACCGACAUCCAAGUGACAAGGUCGAUUCUUUGCAUAAGCCAUGCACAUGCUCCAUUAUGAUGAAUUGAGAUGUACAGUACAACAGGGACUCGUGCAUUUUGAUACAAGCCAAACUGGGCUGGCAAAUUAAAGGCCCGUGAUUCUCUCGUACUGUUCAUUUCUUAGCGCAAACGACAUUAACAUCGUACUCUAUUAAACUACUCGUAAGUCAAUUAACAUUUUGCUCAAGAUAAAAUAUUUUCGAAUUGUGUAACUUAUGCGCGUACGAGUCGUCAAAGGCACCGAAGCUGGCAUCUAAUUUGCAAAAAUAACAUGUAAUUCAACAUGGUACAAAGGUAAAGCAAUGUAUGGUCGUUAAAGUAAGCUAAGAAACAUAAUUUUUUCCCCCAAUUGAUAUCUGUCCCUAACAGAGUGUGUGCUUAUUGUAACAUAGUAAUAAUGAUAACAAAAUUGCUGCUAUUUUUAAAGAAAAUGUUAUAAACGAUGUAGAGCAUUGCUUGAAAGACUACAUUUUCCCUUUGUACUAUGCCGGUGAUACAUUGAGAUAAGAUUGCUAUGCUAUCCUAUGUAUAAUAUUGCGUUAUUACAUCUACAAUGUCAAUAUUCAUACAGCAUUUUCAACGUAGUCCACUACAACUUGCGGCUAGUGGCUUGAGACACAGUGACGGCUUUAACGUUAUCAGGGCUUUUUUUACGGACCUCUCAGGUGCUUAUAGCAAUUAUCUGCUGAAACAGAAAGGUCUAUUUGACACGGUCACAUGGCGACGUGUAAGUCUAGGUUAUAAAUGAUUCGUUUUGUACACAAGUAUUCACCAUAAUGGAGUAACUUGCAUAGCCACAAACUUUAUAUGCGAAUGUGAUUGUCUAGCCGCACUACACGUACACAUACUCAGUAGGAGCAAGAAACGUUUACCAAUUCAUAGUGUUUAGCAUUUUUCCCAUCGAUUUUUCCCACUUCGAUUACCAAAAUAAAGCAUUCUGUAAGAGGAACUGAAAUCUAUAUUGUAAUAGAAGUGGACAAUGGAGUUGUCGCCAUUGUUCUGAUAUAACAGCAUCGUAUGUACGUUGUAUGCAGAUAAUAGCAUUUGUCACUUAUCAUAUGGCCUUGUAUACUCCCGAUUUGCGUGACGUCUGCUCAAACAAUGAAGAAAAGAAACAAUGACAAAAGCAGUCUGGCUUAUAGCAUUUAAAACACACAGAGUUACUUUAAUUAAGACUGCAAGCAAAUUCUCGGAAGUACUAAAAGCAAUAAGUUAGAAGAAGGAAUACGUGUAUCUUGCGGGAAUUUGUUUAGGCAUAAAAAGAAUUCGCUCAUGUAGAUGCUUAAAGAUUGAAUCGCAAUAAUAGCGUAAGGCAUUGUUCAUUUUAUCAAUUGUGAUAUGUUUGCAACAAUCUUCAAGACAAUGUUUUAAAGUAGAUCUACCUUGUGAUCACUACCUUGUGAACCAUACUAAUAUCAUAUACGUCCGCCAAAGGUAACUUCUAACCCGUCUAACUGCUAACCGUUACAGCGCUGUUUGCUGUUCCGAAAAACUAUAAGUUGGUGGCCGCACCACUAUUUGAACUAUACGACAACUCUCAGGGAUAUGGACCUAUAAUCUCAUC